AAGCCGCCCCUUUUUCUUCGAUUCAAGAUGGCCAGCAACAGCAAAAUAACUGGAGGCUACGACUAUAGCUUCGUGGGUGUGGACCAGAAGUAUAUCUGCACCAUCUGUAGAAAGAUGCGAAGAAUAUCCACUGGAAUGUCCCAAUAAGUGUGGAGAGAAAAACAUUAAACGCAAGGACAUGGAGACCCACCGUGAAUUUUGUGAGCUUGAGCAACUUAAAUGCCCUUUUGAUCAUGUCGGCUGCACAGGCGAGAUACAACGCAGACACAUGGACAGCCACUGUAAAAAUAGUGUGGAGAAGCAUCUUUUGCUGCUGGCCAAGGCACACAAAGAGUUGGUUCAAGAAAAUCGGAGACUUUUAAGUGAACUUGCAGAACAAAAAAUUACCUCACCAUUGUAUAACAUAAAGAAAAUU